GCGCGUCCCGCCCUGUCCCCGGGCGCUCGCGGUGGUCCGGCCCCGCCAUGCUCGGGCUCCUGGGACUGUGCCUGGCGCUGCCCCUCUUCGCGGGAUCGCAGGAGGCGGCGCAGAGCUGGGGUGACCCGUCGGAGCGAAUUGGGCUCCGGGCGCCCAGGCAGCUCCGACUAUUACAAAGGCUGAAAACCAAGCCUUUGAUGACAGAAUUCUCAGUGAAGUCCACCAUCAUUUCCCGUUAUGCUUUUACUACAGUUUCCUGUAGGAUGCUGAACAGAGCUUCUGAGGACCAAGAUAUUGAGUUCCAGAUGCAGAUUCCAGCUGCAGCGUUCAUCACCAACUUCACCAUGCUUGUUGGAGAUAACGUGUAUCAAGGUGAAAUUACAGAGAAAGAAAAGAAAAAUAGAGAUAGAAUAAAAGAAAAAAGGAAUACAACCACAGACAAUAAUGAGGAGAAGGGGACUGACACAUUCAGAGCUUCCUUGGUGAUUCCCAGCAAGAACAAAGCAGCCUUCUUCCUGAGCUAUGAAGAACUUCUGCAGAGACGGCGUGGGAAAUACGAACACAUCCUCAGUGUGAGACCCCAGCAGCUGACGGGGCAGCUGACCGUGGAUGUGACUAUCCUGGAGAAAGCAGGCCUAACAUCCUUGGAGGUGCUCCCUCUUCUCAACAGCAGGCAAAAGGGCAGUGGGAAGGGGGAAGAUGGCUCUGGGCCUCCUCCUUCUACUGUGAUCAACAAAAAUGAAACCUUUGCCAAUGUUGUGUUUAAACCCAGUGUGGUACAACAAGCCAGGAUUGCCCAGAAUGGAAUUCUGGGAGAUUUCAUCAUCCGGUAUGAUGUCAAGAGGGAGCAAAGUAUUGGAGACAUUCAGGUUCUAAAUGGCUACUUUGUGCACUACUUUGCUCCUAAAGACCUUCCUCCUUUACCCAAGAAUGUGGUGUUUGUGCUAGACAUCAGUGCCUCUAUGGUGGGGACCAAACUUCGGCAGACCAGAGAAGCCCUGGUCACAAUCCUCCAUGACCUCCGACCCCAGGACCGUUUUAAUAUCAUUGGCUUUUCCAAUCGGAUUAAAGUGUGGAAGGAUAGAUUGAUACAAGUCACUCCUGAGAAUGUCAGGGAUGGCAAGCUCUACAUUUUCCAUUUGUCACCCACCGGAGGUACAGACAUCAAUGGGGCCCUUCAGAUGGCCAUUCGGCUGCUCAAUGACUACGUGACCCACAAUGACAUCGAAGACAGGAGUGUGUCCCUCAUCGUCUUUCUCACAGAUGGAAAGCCCACCUUUGGGGAGACCAGCACCACAAAGAUUCUCAGCAACACCAAGGAGGCCACCCAAGGCCAGAUCUGCAUCUUCACAGUUGGCAUUGGCAAUGACGUGGACUUCAAACUACUGGAGAAACUGUCACUGGAGAACUGUGGCCUCACCCGGCGGGUCAGCGAGGAGGAGAACGCAGGCGCACAGCUCAUUGGGUUCUAUGAUGAGAUCAGGACGCCUCUGCUCUCCGACAUCCGCAUUGAUUAUCCCCCUGCCUUAGUAGAGCAUGCCACCAAAACCCUGUUCCCCAACUACUUCAACGGCUCCGAGAUUGUCAUAGCUGGGAAGCUGGUGGACAGGAAGUUGGAUCAGCUGCAUGUGGAGGUCACUGCCAGCAACAGUAAGAAAUUCCUCAUCCUGAAGACAGAUGUGCCUGUGGAGCCCCAGAAGGUGGGGAAUGACAUCACAGGAAGCCCCAGGUCCGCAGGUGAUGGUGAAGAGGACUCCAACUACAUUGAGCGUCUCUGGAGCUACCUCACUGUGAAGGAGCUGCUGAGCUCCUGGCUGCAGAGCAAUAACAGACAGGAGAAGGAACAACUAAGACAGAAGGCCCAGGCUCUGGCCAUGAGCUCCCACUUUCUCACCCCCUUCACCUCCAUGAGGCUGAGGAAGCCGCAGCUUCACACAGACACACUGGAGGACCCCCGGGGCAUGUCUGCUGUGACAGGGCCUGAAACGGUGGUACAGAGCCUUCGAGGAACAGGCAUGCAGCCAGAACCUGCACUCAAGAAGCCAUAUGACUCAAGAAUUAAAAUCUCUAAAACCUCAGUGGAUGGAGAUCCUCAUUUUGUUGUGGACUUCCCCUCGAACAAACUCACUGUCUGCUUUAACAUUGAUGGAGAGCCUGGAGACAUCCUGCGGCUAGUCUCUGAUCACAUGGAGUCUGGAGUGACAGUGAAUGGAGAGUUGAUUGGGGCCCCAGCUCCUCCAAACGGUCACAAGAAACAACGAACUUACUUCCGCACCAUCACUAUCCUCAUCAACAAGCCCCAGAGGUCUUACUUGGAGAUCACACCAAACAGGGUCAUCUUGGAUGGUGGAGACAGGCUGGUCCUCCCCUGUAACCAGAGUGUGGUGGUGGGGAGCCAGGGGCUGGAGGUGUCUGUGUCUGCCAAUGCCAAUGUCACUGUCACCAUCCAGAGCACCAUUGCCUUUGUCAUCCUUAUUCACCUCUACAAAAAGCCAGCGCCCUUCCAGCGAAACCACCUGGGCUUCUACAUUUCCAACAGCAAAGGCCUUUCCAGAAACUGCCAUGGAUUGUUGGGUCAGUUCCUGAACCAGGAAGCCAAACUCACAGAAGAAUCCACAGCAUACAGCAGAAAUCAUACCACCAAUCCUCCCCACCCUCAGGCAGGAGGAGGAACAUCUGAAACCAUCCUAAAGGUGAAAGGGCACCAUGUCCCAGUGAUCUGGAAACAAAGGAAGAUUUACAAUGGGGAAGAGCAGAUAGACUGCUGGUAUGCCAAGAACAACGCAGCUAAGCUCAUCGACGGGGACUAUAAAGAUUACUUGGCAGCUCAUCCGUUUGACACAGAGACAAUAUUAGGGAUGUCCAGGAGAUCUGAAAUUGACAGCCACAAGGAUGGGAGUCCAUGAAAGGGCAGCGACUUUGGGGACACGGUGGUGCAUACAGCUCUUCUUGUUGCUUGUGCGUGCCUUGGCUCUUGCAUUAAGAGGCACUCCAUAGCCUGCCCCUGGUGGAGAGGAAGUCUAAUGUCUGCUUAAGCAUGGUGUAGGGGCAGGAAGCUUGAGUGAACCUAUUCCCUUCUCUUUCUUCUUCCUCUUCCUCUCUUUCCCCAGUUCUCCAUCUAUAGUAG